AUGGGGCGCGGGACCGCGCGCGCGCUCGCGCUCGCGCUCGUGAUGACGUCCGUCGCGGGCGCGCGGGCGCGGACGUGCGUCGCGGACGCGACGGAUGGGAUGACGUGGUGUCGGACGACGAGCCACCGCGACGGGGUCGACGUGGCGUACGCGGUCGUCGACGGGUCGUCGACGUUCGACGUGUGGGUGCGCGCGACGUUCUCGGGAGAUGUGGCGCCGGGGUCGGAUGGGUGGGCGGCCGUCGGCGCGGGCGCGUCGAUGGCGGCGGGGGACGUGGCGACGUCCAAGGGGUCGGCGGCGGUGGAGUAUCUGCGAUUGACGGGACGGGGGACGCCGACGUCGGGGUGUGGAUCGGGGUGCGCGGUGAUGAACGCGACGAUCGCGAGCGCGGCGAAUUCGAGGACGAUCACGUUUCGGUAUCGAGACGCGAACGCGUCGCGGGGGGCGACGAAGGAUCUGAUUUGGGCGACGGGGGGGGGCGGGUUCGCGCAGCACGCGCCGAGCGCGCGAGGGACGCUGCGCGUGGAUUUCAGGAGUGGUACCGCCACGGCGGGUGGGUCGAAAGUCAAGCGAGACGUCGCGCACGGGACGCUCAUGCUCGUCGCGUGGGGCGCGUUGAAUCCGCUCGCCGCCGGUUUCGCUCGCAUGAAAUUUCUCUUUCCGAACGGGAAGUGGUUCUUGGGUCACUCGAUCGGCGUGUUACUCGGCGGUAUCGUCUUCGGCGCCGCGUGCAUCCAUCUCGUCACGGCGAAUUAUGACGGUCACGUGCAAACGGAUACGUUUGAUAGCCACCAGAAGCUUGGUAUCGCCGUCAUGUUUCUCUGGGCGACGCAGUUCCUGCUCGGCGUCUUCCGACCGAACAAGGAACCGAAAGAUGGUAAUCGUUUUGGAUUCAUUCCCACGUCUUGGCGCCGAUCGUGGUACAUCGCGCACGCAGUUUUGGGUCCGGUGACUCUCGUUUUGGCGACCGUCACGGUCGUUCUCGGGGCCGUAGUCAUCGGCAACAAGUGGGACGGCAGCGCUGAUUCGGGAGUGAAGUUUCUCGCGGGAGGCGGCGUGUACGGCCUCUUGACCGCCGUUUGGGUCAUCAUCGCCCUCGGUGUUUGGCGCGAUCGAAUCGCAAAGACCUCGAACGGUGUAGACAAUUACGGCAUUGGAGAUUCGACGCUGGACGAAUCCGAGACGAACGCUCGAUGA